GCAUGGUGAGGGUUACAGCUGGGGCCCCUCCCAGUCUCUGGGGCCGCUGUCCCUUAGCAACAGUACCGCCAGGCAGGACGCACUGCCAGCACUGCUACUGCAGGGCAAGUCCAGCAGGAGCCAGUCGCCAUUUGGAGGACUCCAGGACUGGAGGCUGCGCAGGCAACAGGAAUCGGUGGCGGUGGACUUUCUGUGCUCGGUUCACAGCCGGCCGGCUGGGCAGUAGCUUCCCCAACUGACCGCCCAGAGUCCUGACUCAGCAUGGAUGCCGUGGACGCCGCCAUGGAGAAGCUUCGGGCACGGUGCCUGUCUCGAGGGGUCUCGGGCAUUCAAGGCCUGGCCAGGUGAGCUGUCCCCAUGCACUGCCCUGACAUGCCCACUGGUUAUUUCCCGACCUCACGCCCUGCCCCUCAGGUUUUUCCGCCGCCUGGAUCAGGACAGGAGCCGAUCCCUGGAUGUGGGGGAGUUCCAACGGGGCCUGGCCGAGCUGGGGCUGACGCUGGACCCAGCUGAGGCAGAGGGCAUCUGCAGACGCUGGGACCGAGAUGGCAGCGGGACACUGGACCUGGAAGAAUUUCUGCGGGCGCUCCGGCCCCCCAUGUCACAGGCCCGUGAGGCAGUCAUCGCAGCUGCCUUUGCCAAGCUGGACCGCAGCGGGGACGGGGUGGUGACCGUGGAGGACCUCCGGGGUGUGUACAGUGGCCGUGCCCAUCCCAAGGUGCAGAGUGGGGAGUGGACAGAAGAGGAAGUGCUUCGCCAAUUUCUGGACAACUUUGACUCUUCAGAGAAGGAUGGGCAGGUCACGCUGGCCGAAUUCCAGGACUACUACAGCGGUGUGAGUGCCUCCAUGGACACUGACGAGGAGUUUGUGGCCAUGAUGUCCAGUGCCUGGCGGCUGUGAGCAUCACUGUCUCCACUGCAGUCACAGGACCCCCCAAGCCCAGCACCCCUGAGCUGGGACCCCCUCACCCGGGCUGUGAGCUGGACAAUACCGAGGCCGCAGAACUGACUGAACCUGACCUGGAGGACGGUGCUUGGCCUCCUGCUGACAGAGGUCCCACAGUGCUCACUGGCCCGGAACCCCGGAGGGCAGGGCCCUCGCCAGCCCGAGCCCUCUGCUGCAUGUGCCCCCACCCCCCUCUGAGCGGCCGCUGGACACUUGGCCCUGCCAGCACGCUCACCCCUGCCCUCCCCGAGGUCUCUGGGAACUAGGUGGCCUGGGCAGGGCGGUGAAUGGCUGUUCUGUGAAGUGGGGCCCCACACAGGCAGCCAUUCUCGAGGGCAGGCGAGUCUGGUCACUGCCCGGGCGUGGCCUGUGGGUGAGGGCUGGGCCCACAGGGAGGCCAGGCUGCUGGGGCCCUCGCCCCGGGAGGCGGAGGUGGUUCCUGGCCUGGCUGUGCAGCUUCCUGAGGCCCCUGGGCAUGCAGGAGGCCAGUGUUUU